AUGGUGUUGUGGGCCCCAACGUUUUGUGAUGUGCAGCUUUACAAGACGCAGACGGAUUUCUUCCAAAAUGCAGAGUUUGAGUACAAAGGAGACGCGAAUUUGUGGAAUAAGGAUCAUAAUGCAAAGGCAAAUAAUAGUAUAGAGUUUGUGACGUCACCUAAUAAUCCGGAUGGGAAUUUGAGGGAGGCUGUGUUGCAAGGAGCAUCAGCUAGAGCUAUUUACGACCACGCUUAUUACUGGCCACAUUUUACAGCAGUUCCAGCCCCUGCAGAUGAAGAUAUUAUGAUCUUCACUAUUUCUAAACUCACUGGUCAUGCUGGAACCAGAUUUGGGUAUCUUAAUUAA